CCCCUGUUCAGGACUAUGUGCUGUGUACCACAUGAGGUCCUCAUUUUCAAAACAAACAAAAUGGCGGCGCACAUGAGAUGGGGUCUUCGCCAGUUGUUAAGCGCAAGAAAUACGGCUCACUUUAGGUUUCCAGUCAAGACCAGAAGCUCAUACCACUCACAGUGCACGACCCAGAGCUUCAGAAAAGUUCAGCCUCAACCCGGGACAGGAGCCACACACUUCUCAAAAAGACACCUGUCCAUCCAGACUCAAGACACUCCAAACCCCAGAAGCUUGAAGUUUCUCCCUGGUAAACCUGUCCUAGGAAGUGGGACGCUUGACUUUCCUUCUCCGAGCUCAGCUGGAUGUUCAUCUUUAGCCAGGGACCUGUUUGAAAUCGAAGGAGUAAGAAGUGUGUUCUUUGGCCCUGACUUCAUCACAGUCACUAAAACAGAUGAGGAUGUGGAAUGGACAGACAUUAAGCGUCAUGCUUUGGAGGCCAUUGCUAAGUUCUUUGAGAGCGGUGGCCCGAUAACAACAGGGGCUGUGUACCAUGAAAGCAGUCAUUCUGAAGAUGAUGAUGAUAUUGUAUCAAUGAUAAAAGAGCUUCUGGACACCAGAAUCAGACCUACAGUGCAGGAGGACGGAGGCGAUGUAAUCUUUAAGGGGUUUGAGGACGGCACAGUCAAGCUGAAGCUGGUUGGUUCCUGCACAGGGUGUCCCAGCUCCACAGUUACCCUGAAGAACGGCAUUCAGAACAUGAUGCAGUUUUAUAUCCCAGAAGUAGACAAUGUGGAACAGGUGGAAGAUGAAGUGGAUGAAAUCAAUGCAAAGGUUUUCUCAGAGCUGGAACGCAAAUUACAAGAAUAAAAACUUUCUGGACACAACACACAUGGAUUUUGUUAGAAGGAAAAUAUGACCCACUGUUUGAAAACACAGGCAUUCAUUAUUUCCACUAAUUACCCUUCUAAAAUCAUAAUAAUGAUGACAGAAAAUUAUUACCUGCUAUUUUGUGUGCAUACUAUAUACUGUUAAGUGUUCACACUGUAAUGUACAGAAUAUGUACAUACUGUAUGCCCCAUGUUCCUGUAUACAGAAAAUACUACGUCAUUCUUCUAACCGGUCAAAAUGUUUUGCUGUGAUGGCUGUAAAUGUUGGGAUGUAUUUAUUUCUUAUAAGUAUUGUAUAUUUUGAAAUAAUUUUUUCAUAGGAUGGAGAUAUUGUGAAGAUUGUGAAAGUUUUUGACAUUGGUCAUUCAGAAUGAAGACUGAUGAAAGUAUUCCAGUUGUUGUGGCCAUAUACCAAAUUAAACAUAACUGAACCGUUUUUCCUUGUUAAUGCAUCAUCUAUAAAUGAAAUAAAAUGUUAUUUAGGCUACAAUUAGCGCAAGUAGGUUUAGGGUGUAACAUCCUGUAAGAUCUGUAUGGUAUAUUUAUCUGCUUUGUGCUCCAUUCUUCAGAUUUACCUGUAUUUACAUGUAUCACAUAAAACAAAGUUCACAGUUUGAAAGCAAA